AUGAAGGAAGAAAUCCAUACUGUGGAACAAGUUCCCGGCUCGGCAACUGGUGACCUGGUGGCAUCCAAGACCGCAAAGGUCCAGAAUGUGGCCUACAGCGAUGCCAUUGCCAAGGACAACCUCUCUCGAACAGCACCAUCUGUUCUCAAACUUUACGCAAUCGUUGCCUUUGUUACUCUAAACAAUUGCGGCAAUGGUUUCGACGGAACCAUCAUGUCUUCUAUCAAUGCCAUGGACCCAUUCCAUGCUUUCUUCAACACUGAAAUGCAAGGUGCUUCCAUUGGAGCUGUCUUUGCCCUUUAUAGUGUCGGAAACAUCCUCGGCUGCCUCGUCGCCGCUCCCGCGUCUGACUUCUUUGGCCGUCGAUACGGCAUGAUCGCCGGAUCAGUAUUUGUCAUCGUCGGCACCGUCAUACAGGCCGUUGCUCAGAACGUCGGAACGUUCAUGGCGGGCAGACUGUUCCUAGGGUUUGGCUGCAACAUUGCAGUUACAGCAGCUACCAUCUAUCUAGUCGAGAUAUCCUACCCUUCUUGGCGUGGAACUCUCACUGGUCUCUACAAUGUUUUUGGCUGGUAUAUCGGAUCUCUUACCUCGACUUGGACUGCUUAUGGAACAGGUCGAUUGACUUCGAACUGGUCAUGGAGAAUUCCCAUCUUGAUCCAAGUUGUCCCCGGGGCAAUCAUCCUGCUUGGAGCAUGGUUCAUCCCCGAAAGCCCAAGAUGGCUCAUGAGCCAUGGGAAAGAAGAGCAGGCCCUAGCCGUCCUCAUCAAGUAUCACGGUAACGGCAACCCCGAAUCAGCAGUUGUACAAUUAGAGCUCGAAGAGAUGCGCGCAUCCAUCGAAUAUCAGGCAGAAAUCGAAGCCAGUCAGAAGUGGUGGGACUACCGCAUGCUUGUAGACAACAAGGAGAACCUACGACGAAUGUACUUGCUUUUCCUCGUCGCUAUCUUCUCUCAGUUCAUCGGUGGCUCGGUCAUCACUUACUACAUGCCCGUCAUUCUGGAGAAUGUUGGUAUCACCAGCUCCUCUCAACAGCUUCUUCUCAAUGGUGUCAACGUUAUUUUCGGCUUCUUCAGUGGUGUGGCAGGCUCAUUCGGAGUCGAGAAAUUCGGUCGCCGACGUCUAUUUCUUUGGGGCACGUUCUUGACAGGUCUUGUAUAUAUCCCCAUCAACGUCAUCGCAGCCGUGUCCAAAGGUCAUGUUAGCACAUCAAUGGGCUACGCCUUCAUUGCCAUGAUCUUUCUGUACGGCAUCUUUUGGUCUUUCUGCUGGACACCUCUGCAGUCCCUCUACCCAAGCGAAAUACUCCGCAACGAUAUUCGAGCCAAGGGUAUGGCGGCCUCAGGCUUCUUCAGCGGUAUUUCCGGUUUUAUCAACACUUAUGCCACACCGGUCGCGCUUCAGAAAAUUGGUUGGAAGACGUAUACUAUUUUUCUCAUUUUGCAUUUUGUUGAAUGGGGACUGAUGUACUUUGCUCUUGUUGAGACAAAGGGUCGCUCUCUUGAGGAGAUUGAUGAGAUCUUUAAGAGUGCCAAUCCUGUUAAGAUGUCGAAACAGAAGCAUGAGGUUUAUAUCAAGGAUGGCGCUGGUGUCACUGCGGAUUUGGGGGCAAAGGAUAUCUAA